UUCCUCCCCGUGUCGUGGUCACAUGACUCGGACAAGAUGGCUGCUGUGACAGCAGAAAAUUUUGCCGCGCUGCAGAGCCUGCUGAAGGCCUCCUCGAAAGAUGUUGUCAGACAACUGUGCCAAGAGAGCUUUUCCAGUUCAGCCCUUGGCUCAAAAAAGCUCUUGGAUAUCACAUGUUCCAGCCUGUCUGUGACCCAGGAGGAGGCAGAGCAACUGCUCCAGGCUCUGCACCGCCUCACCAGGCUGGUGACCUUCCGUGACCUGUCCUCCGCUGAGGCGAUCCUGGCUCUCUUUCCUGAAAAUUUCCACCAAAACCUCAAAAACCUCCUGACCAAAAUCAUCCUGGAACAUGUAUCUUCCUGGAGAACAGAAGCCCAAGCAAAUCAGAUCUCCCUGCCACGCCUGGUGGAUCUGGAUUGGAGAGUGGACAUCAAAACCUCCUCAGAUAGCAUCAGCCGCAUGGCCGUCCCCACCUGCCUGCUCCAGAUGAAGAUCCAGGAGGACCCCUGUCUGUGCGGGGACAAACCCUCUGUGUCAGCAGUCACCGUGGAGCUGAGUAAGGAAACGCUGGACACCAUGUUAGACGGGCUGGGCCGCAUCCGAGACCAGCUUUCUGCCGUGGCCAACAAGUGACCCCAGCGUGCUGCCGGUCUGAAGCUCGGCAGCGAUGGGGAGCCUCCCAACCCCAGCUGCCCUUGCAGCAGCUGCAGCCAACAACAGAUGGCGUGUUUGGGGCCAGCAGGCGGCGCCCCCUGAAGGUGCAGUUGGAUUGGGAGGAAGAUGCCAUGCCCCCACGCUGUUCUCCUGGCCCGUUUUUUUUCUCUUUCUAAAGUCUGCAAUCAGAACCUCCAUCUUUGAAAGGCCCCUGUGUGCAAUUUAAUUACCGCUGAGGCUGGGUGAGGGAGCAUUUGCUUUGUCAGCUGCCUCUGCAUGGCUGAUUGGAAAAUCCAGGCCCAAAUUGUGGAGCAUGUCUAAUAAGUUCCUUUCCAGCAUCAGCUCUAAUUAGUUCAUUUCCAGCCCUGGAACCAUGGAGGGAAUCAGGUGGGUGAUGCCAACAGCUUCUGCUUCUCUGGCAGAGAAGCCAGGCAGACCCACAGAGCAGGGCCUGAGAUUGCGGCCCACCCCAGCCCUAAGUCCAUGGCCUUCUCUCAGCUCUCUCAGCCCUGCUGUACCUCCCAGUCAGUGUAGGAAGUCUGAAAUGGGUGCUGAUUCCCUACUUCGUGAAACGGGGGGGUGGGGGGGGGCUUCCUGGACACAGGGCAGCCCAGAGUAAAGUAAACAGGAGUGAUUGGAAAUAAAUAACAGUUCUAAAACCUUCAUAAUUCUGGUCACACUUCUUGAGCUUCUGUCUUUAACCUGAGUUGUGGCCUGAGCAGCACACCUCUCAUUUGUAAGAUGAUCCAGCUUCCUAAUUCCUAGCUAAUAAGCCCCUGACCAUGGAUAACCUUAAACCAGGCAUAUGACUCUUGCCACCUUCCAUGUGUUUGUCAUGAAGAGCAAAAGACAGCCAGGUUGACAGUCUGUGUAGCUGUCACCAGAGUGAUGGUGAAAGCAAGGCUCAGAGUUUAACCAACCAGUUCAUCUCUGUCACAUGCCUGAAAAGUCACAAGGACUCUGUGAAGACACUUCACCUCCCCGAUCCAGAUCACCCCAGUAGCAACAGCCCAGAGCUUACUCUCUGGAUGCUUUGUCUUAGCAGCUUCUGAGGUGGUGUGUGCAGAGGGGGUGGGGUGUAAGUAGAGGAAGUAGAGCCCCAGGUUCAGAGGAUGGGCUCUUGAGCCAGGCAGCCAGAGUUGGGAACCCGCUCUGUUUCCAGUGGUAGGUGCUGGAUUGUUAAGCAUCAAUUCUCUCCCACCUGGUUUUUUUUUAAUUAAAUGGGGAUAAUAAUAGUAUCUAUUCUAUAGGACUUUUGUGAAGAUUAAAUGGUACAAUGUACCUCAAAGCACUUAGCGAUGUUAUGGGAAAUGGGAAGGACUUGCUAAUGUCAGCUUUGAUUAUUAAGGAAGGUAGGAAGCUCUCUGCAUUCAUUGCUUCAUCCACUAUAGGAGGGUUGGUGUAACCAUAAGUGUCAUUAUCAACAAGGAAAUCAACUCGUGCAGGUUAAGUCACCUGCUGGUAAAUGGCCUCAUUAGGAUGUGGGCCCAGAUUUCUCUCGCUUUCUCCCUCCCACACAGGACUCUGCAAAGGAUGUGAAGCUCUGUGGCUUCAGCUUCCUUUGGAAAACCUUGGAGCUGAAGUAGAGAUGUGAGAACUAGCUUCUGUUUGCCUAGUGAGAUAGGAGGAAAGUCGAGAAAAGCAAAUUCCAAGCUUUGCCACUUUCUGAUAUCCUUUAUGCUAAAAUGGCAGUUCUUAACCCUUUGCGAAGCUGAUGAAAGCUCUGAUUCCUUUCUGUAGGAAAUGAACACCAGGAUCGUAUGUUAAGUUGCCCAGUCUGAUAGCCGAGGAAGUUUUAUCCCCCAGCCAUUCCAGACCUUGCUCGUUAGUAUUGCAAGUUGUUGCCCAAGUUGUUCCCUUCACUUAGAGGUGAGGCAGAGAAGCCCACUCUGGAGGCUUUCCCGAGUCCAGGGUUAACACAAAGUUAGCUCCUCAGACUUACCUUUAGAGCUCUUGACAUUUCCUCAACAGAAGACUGGUUCUCCAUGGAGAUUAGGGUUCCCUGGCACCAACCAGAAAAUACUAUUAGGACAGUUGUUAAAGUGACAAGGCACAGAAAGGAGAGCAAGAGAGAAGUUGUAUGAACGUCAACAUUGUGCAGGUAAAAGACAGUAUAGGAAUUGUCAGUAUUUGGAAGUCAACAAUGACAGUUCUCGUGAAUGUUCAGCUACUGAAAAACUUCUAAAAU